AUAUAAAUAUCGUGUAAUUCAGAUGUAAAAGUCAACAUUUUCAGCUGAUCCUUGUUGAAUGUCUGUACUGCCCCCUAGUGUCUUUACAGGAUGUUUAGUUUGCUUUGGGGGUCACUCGACACUAUAAAAUACAUGCAUACUGCAGCACCCAAUAACUGAAGUUUUGUGCACUAUUCACUGAGUUGAAGCUACAGGCUGCCGCAUUAGCGAAGCAUCUCCUUCCUGUGCAUUCAGAUGGUAGCACCAGAUAAAAACCAAACAUAUCACUUAAAUCACAGGAAGCUUUCAGUCUGUUUCACACAAAAGAAUCGUCUCUCAAGACUGAGUUCAUGGUUUCAAUUUGACCUAAUUUGCUGUAAACUUUCAGCACAUUUUCACCUGGAAUCAAAAGCCACACCAUCUAUUUAAUCAUGAUCCACUUUUCUUUUGUAUGUGUUUUUCUGAAAAUUGGAUUUGCAGCUCCAUCUCUUCCUGUAAGAGACUACAACCUAGAGGGUCUGAAUAACUACAACAUCCAAAACUGCUCAGGCAAAUCUUUAGUUCCACGUAUGGAUGCUCCAACCGGCCCGCAGUGGGAUGAUAUGCACGAGGAAGUCGGAAUAGACAAAAGAGGUCACGAUCCUGUUAUGUACGUGGUUUGGAAAAUAAAGGCUGAUGGAUCUUUUUCUCUCAUCCGUGGAACACAGAUAAACAUUGUGGAUGAAAAUACAAACAAUAGCAUUUGUGUGCAGGUUUCUUAUAGGAUUGCAAAAGUACUAAGACCAGAAUAUACAAUGUGGAUUUUUUCCUUGGACUUUGGGGUGGAGCCCAGACAUAACUAUACUGUGACCGUUUUUAAUUUGCCAGAACCUCAUAUUGGAAAUUACAGAAUCAAAAAGCAAAUUGUCAUCCCAGGAUGUGACGACCGGAGAAUUCAAAGAACUCAACUGUGUCAAGAAAAUGGUAGUCUGUGGACUCCUAACAUCAAUGUGUUUAUUGAUGAGAAACCAACAUUUUCUAUUAUUGUGGCAUUUGAGUCAUCGCACUAUUCUGAGAAAUACCAAGUUUUGAUUCAAAACCCUCGUUUCAAUUUAUCAAAAAGUAUCUUGAAGGAAAACAGCACAUCACUAAAUGUGACUUUCGAGCUUGAGUCAUCAGAAUGUGAAAUGUCCAUUAUGAUCAAGCCGUUUUUUAGUCGCUGCAAACAUUCCUGUGAGAUUGUGAAAAAAACAGUUGAUUCCUGCAAAAAGAGGAUGCCGUUUCCACCACAAUACUUCAUUAUGCAGAUUUUCUUUGGAGCGGUGCUCGUUUUGGGUGUUUUACUGGUGUUUUUGCUGCGGAGAACAUCUCAUAAAGAUGCUUCAAACACAUCUACAUCUAGCGCUAAGGAACAAUCAGAAGUGUUUCACGUUCAAGGGCGAAAGCGAAUCCUCAUCAUCUACUCCCUUGAUCAUCCUCUGUACAAAAGCAUUGUUUUGAAGCUGUGUGCCUUCCUGGUGACCAAAUGCGGCACAGAAGUUGUUCUCGACCUGCUGGAUUCCACCAGACUGGGAGUUUUGGGAAGCGUUCAGUGGUUGGAUUGGCAAAUAGAGAGUUCUUCCGAUAAGAUACUAAUUCUUUGUUCACGUGGGGUACAAGCCAAAUGGAGAGCCAUGUGCGGCGACAAGCCGGUUUUCCUGAGAGAAGAUGCAUGCUCACCAGUAGGUGACAUGCUCACUCCAUCCCUCACCCUCAUCCUCCCGCAUUUUAUGCGCCCUGUCUCUUUCAAAAAGUACAUUGUGGCUUACUUUGAGGACGUUUGCUCUGAAGAAGAUAUUCCUUCCCCUUUCAACAUUACAGUACGAUACAAGCUGAUGAAACAAUUUGAGGAGGUCUUUUUCAGAAUACUGGACAUUGAAAAACACGAGCCGGGCCGAGUGAAACAAAUCGAUGGGCUUUCAGGGGACUGCUUUCAUCAGUGCCCGUCGGGUAGAGCCCUACGUGAUGCCAUAGAGGCCUUCCACGCACACCAGAUGGAACAUCCACAGUGGUUUGAGGAUGAAUUACUGAAAUACUCAGAUUGUGAGGAUGAUGAAGUCACUUACUGAAUUAGUGAACGUUCACAAGCAGCUGAGAUUUUGUGGUGUGCUUGUGUCAUCUGAAAUGCUCAAUCAUGUGGAGGUAUGAGGAACUGCUGGAAGUGUAAAUUACAGUGUACCGCAUAUGUUAUUGAAGCCUAUAAAUUCCUAGAUUAAACCUAGGUCACCAAAAGAUUUUCAUGAGGAAGAGCUUGUUGUGUGUAUGAAGAAAGCAUCAGGCGCAUUAUUAGUACAUACAUGAAGACUAUACCACAAGACAUCAGCUGGAGGUUUCAUAAACACACAUCGAGUUCUUUAAACUGUACCUUGCAAAAAUGUUUUGCUGUCUGUUUUAUAGGUUUUUUUUAACAUUUUCAAAUCACUUUGUUUUUCAAAGUGGAGGUUCCAGAGAGGUUUAAACUGCUGAGCUCUGUGGUCUGUGUCAACAGUGUUUGUGUCAAAGUUCAGCCUUCUGUGCAAAGUUUCUGACUUUUUUGUUGCACUGGAGAAGGUAAGCACUUAAUUCUUUUGUGAAGAAGUUGGUUUUGACUAAGUAAAAAGUGCCUUAGACCUUUGAUAUCAGGCAGCAGCAACAAUUUGACCAAACAUUGUAGAUAUAGUUGUUGUUGUUUUUUACACAAAUGGCUAGAUUGUUCAGUGGGAACUUUAAAUGUAUGUUUAUGUUUCUUUGGUUAUAUUCCUUUCACUGAUGAUGAAUUCCAUCUAAGAUUUAAAGUGCUGUACUUCAGAAAUAUGUAUAGAUUACAUUAUAAUUCAUGUCAGCUCGGAGUUCUUAUUGUUUAAAUGUACUGAAGUAAGUGAAGAGUGAAAGGUCUGCUUUGUAAUUUGUGUGUCUCUUUGGUGGAGUGGGUUAGAGUGGCCCCGCAAAGGGGAACAGAUUGGAGAGUUUUUGCCAGCUAACUGGGGCAAAGACAAUUCCCACAAUGUUGAAUGGAACUUGUGCCUUGUAGUGGCAUAAAGCCCACUGCAGGGUACAAUCCCACUCAGGAGGGCAUAGAAGCAUUUUCCUUUAAGAACUUGAGGUAAAGUUGUUUUUAACUUUAAUAAGAGUUAGAAAUUUGCAUAAAGCUGAGUAUAAAUGCCAACAUAGAAUGUCAUUCUUUUUUUUACAUUUCCCAGGAAAUAAAUCAGUCUUCUCAUGUUUUCCUGAGUGUUCUGAAUGAAGGUAGUAGUUAAUUUGAAAGCUUCAACUUUCAUUGCAUGGUUAGGUUUUUAAUAUUGUUGUAUUUAAAUAUUUUGAUACCAGUUAGUGUCGAGGUGUUUCUUUUUUCUGGGUGGUUUGCAGGGUUUGUUCUUUGUUAAACAACAAGAGGAUUUCAUCUUUUUAAACAUUAUUAUCAGCACAUCUUGUAGUUUUGGAAAUGGCAACCCGAACUUGUCUGUAGAUCACUGGACGGAAGAAGUCCAAAGCUGUUGGUGCUGCUUUAUUCAAAGAAUAUAUGUUAUCAGGGUCUCCCACAAAUCCAAAAAGAAUGAGGAUCCUGAAGAGAGCCUUUACACUCAUCCAGAGAAGAAAACUUAAUACACUCUGCAGUAAGGAUUUUGCCUUCAAGGUUAACCCAUCUGUGUCUCGGGCAUUGGCAGACAACAAGCCAGUGGUUGCCCUGGAGAGCACUAUAAUCACACAUGGCAUGCCAUAUCCACACAACCUGAGCACAGCGAAGAGGGUGGAGGCCAUUGUGCGAGCCGAAGGAGCAACUCCAGCCACAGUCGGUGUGAUCGAGGGGGAGAUCCGUGUCGGACUGUCGUCAGAUGAGCUCGACUACCUCGCCCAAUGCAAGAGCCCCCUGAAGGUGUCGCGGCGUGACCUGCCUUAUGUCAUCAGCAAAGGUCUCUCUGGAGGAACAACAGUGUCAGCCACGAUGAUAGCAGCGCACAUAGCUGGGAUCCCAGUUUUUGUCACAGGGGGCAUUGGAGGAGUUCACAGAGGCGGACAGAACAGCCUAGACAUCAGCGCUGAUCUAACAGAGCUUGGCCGGACUCCGAUUGCUGUUGUCUCUGCUGGAGUCAAAUCUAUUUUGGACAUUGGUCGCACCCUGGAGUUCCUUGAAACUCAGGGUGUGUGUGUAGCCACUUUUGGAGCGUCAAAGAAUUUCCCAGCUUUCUUCUCCCCGCACAGUGGAUUCACCUCUCCAUAUCAUGUCUGCAACCCCUGUGAAGCUGCAAAACUAAUUGCAACCACUUUGUCACUGGGUCUCCAAAGUGGUGUCCUCAUGGCAGUACCUAUCCCAGAAGAGCAUGCUGCAGUAGGCCAGCAGGUAGAGGAAGCCAUACAGGCUGCACUGACUGAGGCGAGUUCUCAAAGUAUCACGGGCAGAGAUGUGACACCGUUCAUUCUUCAAAAGGUCAAUGAGUUGACCCAGGGAAAGUCCCUUCAGGCAAACAUUGCUCUAAUUCAUAAUAAUGCUAAAGUUGGCAGUCAGAUAGCCUGUGAACUGUCUAAACUAACAAAUGAAAGAGCAUCGAAAACUCAAACCCAUCAUCUUGGACUCCAAACAGACUCAGACUCAGAAUCAGAUGUUGUUGUCAUUGGAGGAAUAAAUGUUGAUUUUAUCGCUAAAGGGAAAUCAGAAAUAUUACAUUUUGGACAGACUAACCCAGGAAGUGUUUGUCAAUCAUUUGGUGGUGUGGGACGGAACAUUGCUGAUUCUCUGAGUAGAUUAGGCCAUAAACCUUUGUUCAUCUCGGCCACUGGAGCUGAUGCUAACAGUGAUGCGGUGUUCAACUCCUGUAAGCAUAUGAACACUAGUGGUGUGGCCAGGCUGGAACAGCAGAGCACAGCGACCUACUGCGCUGUUAUCACUGAGAGUGGAGAGCUGAGUCUUGGACUGGGAGAUAUGGACAUUCACCAGCAUAUCACAGCUCAAUAUGUGUCAUUGUUUGAGAGGCAGCUUUCAUCAGCCGCUCUUGUGUGUCUUGAUGGUAACAUCCCUGUCUCCACCAUCAAUUAUGUUUGUUCUCUUGCCAAAAAGCACAACAUAAAUGUUUGGUAUGAACCAACAGAUGCAGAAAAGGCCUGUAAGCCUUUCAUGUCAGAUGCCUGGAAGUCUCUGUCCUACUCAUCCCCAAACCUGACCGAGCUCUGCAUGAUGAAUAAGACUCUGGGUGUCACAACACCCGAAGCGCUACCAAUCGAUCUUGAGGACAUUGUGAGUCUCGCUGUGGCUCUCUCACGCCCUCUUCUGGAGCAUCUUCACUGUCUAGUGGUGACACUUGGCCCCAAUGGCGUGCUGCUUUGUGGAGAGCACCAUGCAGGCUCUGUCGUCCUUAAACCCAGAAAACAUAAAGGGUUCCAGAAUAGGCAGCUGUGUGCUUUGCACUACCCCGCUUUGGCUGUGACCUCAGAGGAGACUAUGAAUGUGUCAGGAGCAGGAGAUAGUCUUGCAGGUGCCUUAAUGGCAGGGAUUUUCCACGGGAAAGACACGGACAGCUGUGUUCGCAUGGGUCUCCUCGCUGCCAAGAUGUCCUUAGCAUCCACUCAUCCCAUCUCCCCAAAGCUGACUUUAGACUCUGUGGAUCCCAACAAAGUACAUUGGCUGGCAGUCCCCGCCCAAUUUGGUGUGACUCCUUUGGACAGGAAUCCUAAGCUAAAUACGGACAGGCCCUGUACUCUGUGACAAGCCUCAGUACCCCCCCUCACUGCGCAGUAGGAUGUCCCACAGCCCUGAAAUGAAGGACGACCCUAUGGAAUGCCCUCUGUGCAUGGAACCGCUUGAGAUUGAUGACGUCAAUUUCUUCCCCUGCACGUGCGGCUACCAGAUCUGUCGCUUCUGUUGGCACCGCAUUCGCACAGAUGAGAACGGCCUCUGCCCCGCCUGCAGAAAGCCUUACCCAGAGGACCCCGCUGUGUACAAGCCUCUGUCACAGGAGGAGAUCCAAAGGAUAAAGAAUGAAAAGAAGCAAAAACAGAACGAGAAAAAGCAGAAGGUGACAGAAAACCGAAAACAUCUGGCCAGUGUCAGAGUGGUCCAAAGGAACCUGGUGUUUGUGGUUGGGCUCUCACAACGACUCGCCGACCCGGAGGUCCUAAAACGACCAGAAUAUUUUGGGAGGUUUGGGAAAAUUCACAAAGUGGUCAUCAACAAUAGCACAUCUUAUGCAGGUUCACAGGGGCCCAGUGCCAGCGCUUAUGUCACUUACAUCCGCUCUGAAGAUGCUCUAAGAGCAAUACAAUGUGUGAACAAUGUGGUCGUUGAUGGCAGAACACUCAAGGCCUCUUUAGGCACAACUAAGUAUUGCAGUUACUUCCUCAAAAGUAUGCAGUGUCCCAAACCUGAUUGUAUGUAUCUACAUGAAUUGGGGGAUGAAGCAGCUAGCUUUACUAAAGAAGAAAUGCAGGCUGGCAAACAUCAAGAGUAUGAGCAGAAACUUCUCCAAGACCUCUAUAAAAUUAACCCUGGCUUUCUACAACCUCCAGCCUGUGGAACAGAGAAGUCAAAGAGUAAAGCCAACUCAACACAGAGAACUAACAACACCAAUGGUAAAGAUGGGUGGCCAACAUUGUCAGGGCAUAGCAAACUGCCCAACGGGCUUUCAGAAGACCGGAAGUCUCCUCCACUGCUAGACUAUCUAGACCAAGAAGCUAUUAAUUCAGAUGGGCUAGAAUCAGAGCUGGGUCCCGGCCAGCGUACUGCCUUGUCCCCCUUCUCCUCAAACUGUGACAGUAACAGUCCCAGUGAUAAACCUGCAGAGUCAAUCGGUAUGGUGAACGGAGAGACUUUGCAACAGAUGCCCACCAGUGACUCCCCCUCCCCUCCCCCAGGUCUAACCAAGCCCAUCCUGGUGGUGCCCAUUAGCAUGUCGGACCCCACAGCUCGCUCACCCUUUGAGGGGGCGGCAGCUGAGUCUCAGUCCCUCUUCUCAGACAACAGUAACUUCAGACAUCCUAAUCCUCUCCCAGCUGGCCUACCCCCCUUCCCCAGCUCUCCCCGCGGCAGUUCUGACUGGCCCAUGACCCCCGAACCACAGAGCCUCUUCACAUCAGACACAAUACCAGUGUCUUCCUCCACAGACUGGCAGGCAGCCUUUGGUUUCGGCUCGUCCAGCAAACAGCAGGAUGACGACCUGGGCUUCGAUCCCUUCGAUGUCACCCGCAAAGCUUUGGCUGACCUCAUAGAGAAGGAGUUAUCAGUGCAAGAUCAGAGCCCGUCGUCCCCUGGGCCACUGACUCAGGGAAGCGGCCACCUUCCCAACCUGCCAGUUUCCAACCCCAGCACCUCCCACCACUUCCCCAGUGGCCUGCCGCGCCACCCCCAGCUCCACAGAGCCAUCUACAGCUCCUUCAGUUUCCCCGGCAGCCACAACAGCCAGGCCAGUCAGCAGCAGCAGCAGCAGCCGGCCGCCAGACAUCCAUGGAUGGGCGUCCCCACGCGAAAUAACCUCACACACUCAAACCACUCAAUCAGUGCUGCCUCACACAGUAACUUCCUGGACCUGAAUCUGCCCCCUCAGCACAGCACAGGGCUGGGAGGGAUCCCCAUCUCAGACAACAGUGGCUCUAUAGACGGCUUAAAUGUGAAAGAGUGGCAGGACGGCCUGCGGGCUCUUCUGCCCAACAUCAAUAUCAACUUCGGUGGCCUCCCAAACUCCUCCUCCUCUUCAUCCUCCUCAUCCUCCAACAGUGUUAACCACAUUGGUGGACCAGCAGGGCCCGCAGGCAUCUCGCACAGCCUGAGCUGGGACGGCACAGCCAGUUGGAUGGACCCUGCUAUUAUAACAGGCAUCCCAGCCUCCACAGGCAACAGUUUAGACUGUCUCCAGGACGACAACCCUCCACACUGGCUUAAGUCCCUGCAAGCCCUCACAGAGAUGGACGGCCCGGCCAGCUCAGCUGUGCCCACUCCCCAACCCCUUCACAGCGGCCUCCUGGACGGCCAUCUCCCUCUCCACCACAGAGCCGCCAGCGGCUGGGCCCCCUACCUGCCCCCCCCCACAGCAAACCCCGCCAGCCAGUUCCACUCCCCCCCGCCAGGCUUCCAGACCGCCUUCAGACCCCCAGCACAGGCCGCCACAGAGCUACUACAGAGUGCCGCCGUGGACCGCCACUGAACACAGACUGCAGCAGAGCCCCAUCCAUUCCCCCACUACCACUAUAUACCCACUCAUCCUGUACCCCGCUUCCUGUCCCCAAAGCGAAACACACCAAUCUGCAGAGUAUGAAAAAUUAACAAAGUAACAAACUUGCUUUCUUCUUUUUCUCUUCCUCCUUCCUUUGUGUCUACUUUGAAGGCCUGUUUGUUUUUGUUUUGUUUGUGGCACACGAGUUCUCAGUACCCUUUGUCUGCUGCCAUCACCACUCCUUAGACCUAGUUCUGGGCGUGACGUGGGAUUCGUUGUGUAGCGUACUCUCAGCUAAGAACACAAGAAUCGGUAUAGCAUCAAGCGCCCAGUGGUGACACAAGUUAACUCCACAAACUGGCAAAGAAACAAAUUAGCAGAAGUGAGGUCUUUUUCUUAAAAAAAAAUAACUAAUGAUUAAGCAUGAAAACAUUUGUGUUUUUGAAAGUUGAAGUCAUGAUUAGUUUCCGAGGAAUGAAGCAAGCUGUGAAUCUGCUCUUUGAAGCUUUGCCCCAAAGACCCUCAUCCUUCCCACUCUUAACAGGAGACUGUGAAACGGUUAAACCUUACAGCCAUGUUGUGAAUCAGGUGAGGUGAGAGAGAGAAGAAGGGUUGGCACUUAGCUUUUCUUUUCGUUUUCUUUUUUUUUUUUGAGAGUGGGUUUUAACAAGAAAAAAAGAAUCAAAACCGAGAAAAAAAAAAAGCUGAGAUUUGGUUAGAGAGCGAAUGCAGAUGACACAGAGGAGUAGAGGGCACCGGCUAUGCAUGGGCUCCCUGUUAGGUAGGGACACAAAUGGCCUGCCUGAGAGGCCACUUGGCUCACUUUUCUCUUUAGCGAGGGGCUCCCACUGUCCCCAUCCUGCUGGAGGGAGAAUUUAGCUGAACCUCUGUAUCAGAGGAUAGAGCAGCGCCUUACCACGGGGAGCCAGGGCUGUGGGAGAUCAUGGCACACAUCCUGAGCACGAGGGUUAGACUCUUACUCACAGUGCCACUGUGUGGUACCUACAAUAGCUAGCCCUAACAUGGACAAGCCACCACGUAGACAAGACAGCGACUAGAUUGAAGAGGAUUCAUCAAAACAACCGAGGGCGUGAAAAAAAAAAAAAGGGUCAACAGAUCCCUUUGUUGAACCCACGAGGGCUUAAACGAGGCCUUAAAAUAGAGGAUAGAAAGGAGCUUGAGUGUUUGGAAAGGGAGUGUCGAUGACUGCUGAAAAAUAUGCAACCCUGUAUGUGACUUCAGCAGCUGUAUGCGAGUGUGCAACACAAAGGUAGGUGCUGCCAGACAAUACCAAGUACUUCAGUUAUCAAUCAAGGAGCCCUCGGCCUUUCCGAUUCGAGAUCAGCCUCUCCGACCACCGCCUUUUUUUUUUUUUCGUCACAAGUCUUAAUUCUGAUCUGUGUUCGCUCUGUCUCUUCUCUCUCUUACCCUCCUCCUUCCCCCCCCGCUGUUCCCUAUUUAACAGUAUUCACAGAAAAAUGAACAAAAUCAUCCAAAAGAAACCGACACAGAGUCAUACAGUGGGUUUUAACAUGAUGUUGCGAGGAAGAAAAAAUAAACACAACUUUGAGGCGCUUAAAGGAAGACAACUGUCCUCUGCAGGUCUGGAAAAAUGAACCUUCAAUAAAACUGAAAACUCAAGA